AUGGCAACAUCAAUCGACAAGCAACCUAUGAAAAAGUUCUUAUUCUGGAUCAUCGCGGUCCUUUUCUUUUGGAUCAUCAUUCUUCCGUUGACCUUUGAUUUUCAUGACUACUUCAUGGCAAUGGCACCACACGGUUCUCUUGCCGUGAGUGGAUGGAAAUACCGAACGCUCGCACCAAUCACACCAUUAUCACCACCGGUGAUUCUACGAACACCUUUCAUUCACAAACGAGAUCAGCCUGUGACUCAACGUGUAAUAAAGAGACGCUCAUCUUCAAAACCCAAAGGAACAAAUCAGGGAGGCUUAAAUCUAGCGCAACAACAAUCAUCCUCUCAAACGUUAGAGCACGAACUUCAUAACCACUAUGAAGAGGAAAGUGAGGAUUGGUGGGAGGUUCGUAGAUCUUACGAAUACGAGACAUCGGAUUCUCUCGGAGAUCUAUUCUUGGUAUCGGUGGAAGAGGCUCAGGUGAUCCACAAGCAACACGCUUUGUUGGAUGAUUUACAACACGCUGAUGUCACCACACAAGACAAGGAAUCUCAAGGGACAUUGAGUGCCGGGGGAAAUCUGGGACUUGCCCAGAAUAACUUUAAUGCCAACUCCAGUAGCGUGGCAGUCUCCGAGAUUCAAGAGCAUCAACAAGAAGAUUUGUUGGAUGUUAAGCAGUAUCAAAAGAUUCACGUUUUACAAGUUUCGGCGGCGGGAUUGAUGGUUAAUGAAUACGAAGAAGAGAGAUUGGCCGACUACCAAUAUUCAUUGGAAGUGGAUAUCUUCAAUCAAUGGGAGUAUCAAAGUCAACAGGAAUCUCAGCACGCUGAUAACUUUGUUGUGGGUUAUAAUUAG